GAAAGUGGGAGGGGAGGGGUGGUCCAUCUAGAACGGUCGAAAGCGCAUGCCACUCAGGUACCGAGUCUGUGUACCACAACCGCCACUACACUCUCCACACAUAAUCUCAAUCUUUUCAUGGUAACGCCACCCACGUCAAAUCCAAAUUUUCUAUUAAGACUCUUCUCCUUCAGAGAGAGUUUUUGCAUUUUUCCGUUUCCGUUCAUCCCUUAAUUUUGACAACAACAACCCAGAAUGUCCCGCACAUUCCCCCUCUCCCCCCUAACCUCACACCCGAAGUCCGCAACUCAUUCCCGCUCCACCUCCAUCAAAUCCAUAAAAUCCUCAGCCUCUCCCCUCGACCCCUUAGCAGCGACCUUAGCAACCGUACAAUCCAAAUAUACGCUUUCCCAUCCGAAGAGUCUAGAAGCUCAUAAAGAAGCAUGCAAUAAUCUGCCGGGAGGGAAUACGAGGACGGUGCUGCAUCAGAGUCCAUUUCCUAUAACUUUCGGUUUGCCCCACUUUUGUUGAAUUCUCUUCAUCAAAGUCUACGACCUGUUUUGGAGUGAACGAUUCAAGGCUGAUUCGGACGAUUGGUAGUGAAGGGUCAGGGUUGCGAGUUGACUAGUCUUGAUGGUCAUGUCUAUGUUGAUUUUCUAGGCGAGUACUCGGCUGGCAUUUAUGGCCAUUCUAAUAAGGAGAUUGCUUCUGCCGUUACUGAGGCCAUGAAAGAUGGUUGGAACUUUGGAGGUCCUAAUUCCUACGAGAGGGAAUUGGCGAGGAAGGUAAGGUUGCAUUUUUCGUUGAUGUUUGUUUCUCUUUUCCUUGAGAAGAUUUUCUUGUUUUGUACUUUCGUAUUUAAUCCAUAGCAAAUAAAUACUUGUCAGAUCAACAGUUGCUACAAUGCUCCUUCGUGCAACUAGGAUGUUUUUUUGGUCUUCCUCAUACGUCUCCUCAAGAUUAUCUCAAUCAAAGAUCUUUCCAAUCUCUGAUCAUGGCUCUUCUUGAUUUACCCUGCCUUCUAUAAGGAACAUAGGGUGCGCCUGUCAUUGUGGUUACCGAUAACAACUCUACUGGAGAGAGAUGACAUCGGAGAAUCUUGUGUCAUCAAGUAUCCAAAACUAAUCUCCAACAGGUCACAAAACGAUUCUCCCCCUCCGGCCUAGAAGUCGUCCGCUUCACCAACUCCGGAACAGAAGCCAACACCAUGGCUCUAGCAGCCGCCAAAGUAGCAACAGGCCGUUCCCAAAUCCUCGCUUUCAAAAACGGCUACCAUGGCGGAACAAUCUACUUCCCAACCUCACAACACACCGCAAACGUCAACCUCCCUCACUCAUUCGUGCUAGCACCAUACAACGACAUCCCCGCAACCCGUGAAAUCAUCGCCCAAAUCCCAAAGGGUUCAUUAGCAGCCAUCAUCGUUGAGCCCCUGCAGGGGAGCGGCGGCUCGAUCCCAGGAACGAAAGAGUUCUUGCUGUAUCUGAACCGGACUGCGCAUCAACUCGGGGCGUUGUUUAUCGUCGAUGAAGUGAUGACUUCUCGCCUUUCCUACCAUGGACUCUCACACAGUCUCGGUCUCACUCCCGACCUCGUCACGCUGGGGAAGUGGGUCGCGGGCGGAAUGACAUUCGGGGCUUUCGGGGGACGACGCGAGGGGGGUAUCAUGUCCUUAUUCGAUCCCCGGAACAAUAUCCUAAGUCAUUCCGGGACGUUUAACAACAAUAUCAUCACGAUGGCCGCAGGAUGUGUAGGGAUGGACAUCUAUAACGAGGAACAACUUCAACGACUCAACAAACUCGGGGAAACGCUCAAGUCAUCUGUCACGUCAACACUCGAGAAACAUGGCAUUACAGUGACCGAGGGCGCGAAGCCGAAGAUGUAUGUGACAGGCCUGGGCUCCAUGCUUGGUAUCCAUUUCUCGGGGGCGCAGGAGAAGAUGUUGGGGACGCUUUUCUGGCAUCAUAUGUUGGAGUGUGGGAUCUAUUUUGCGGCCAGGGGGUAUAUUGCACUUAAUAUUGAGUUGGAUACGAGACAUAUUGAGAAGUUCGUGGAGGGAGUGGAGUCUUUUAUUGGGAGUUAUAAGGGGUGUUUGGUUGUUGAAGGGAAGUAAAUAAGAAAGAUGCGGUCUGGAUUAUGUCUUGGGCGAUGACUAUUCGAGGACUUUCUGAUGUUCAUGAAAUAGCUAGUGAAUGGCAUAUCAUCU